UCUAAAUGCAUGAACAGCUUUUUUGUCUUUGUACGAGACCUGUUCAACAUUGUAACGUUCUAUAGCGUGAAGGAAAUGACGGCCCAAAUAUGUGACAUGGCGAGAUGAUGCUGGAUACACACACGUCAUCAUAGUGUGUGCCAAACGUGAUUCAUCCCGAACAAGGGCCACGUUCCGACUCCGCAGCGCUGAAGACAUACACGUCACCAUUGUGUGUGCCAAACGUGAUACCUCCCGAACAAGGGCCACGUUCCGACUCCGCAGCGCUGAACCUUCCGAUGUGUUCAAUGUAAGGAUCUGCCUCGACGUGUCAUCGCUUCGAGGACAAAUACGUCAGAAACAGAUGCUUGUUUAUAUGAGAUGAGGCGUUUGAACCAUUAACGUCGGUGUCAGCCAUGGAAACGUUGGAUGAAGCAACUGAAGACGUUGACGUGAGCGAUGGUUCUGUUGUAACGGAUGAAGUCAGAAGUAGGCUAGAUGGCGAUAAUAAAACCGGAGAUAACAGAAGUGAGAAGGGUGAUGACGACAACGCUGGUACAAGGGAACAAGGUGAUGACGCAGCAGAAAACAUGACUACCGGGGAUGAUGAAGACGGCGUAAUUGACCUCGCCCUCCAACCUGUGCUUCGCGACACCGUACACGCUGCAAUGGACGAUGACGUGUGUGAGCCGAGUCUACGUGACGUUGCUGUUCUCACUGUAAGCGACGUCACUGUCAUCGUCUUCACGGAUGCCAACAACUUCAGUAUCAAAUCUGUUUAUGAAGAAGAAGAUGAAGUGUGUACAAGUUAUCUCGAGUUUGGUCACUUCCCAUUACGACUAGCAAAGUUAGAGACCAACGUGGUGGCUGCCACUCUACCUUGGAUUAAACAAAUCGUUAUCGUCGAGGCUAUGCCUAGGUUGAAUCUACUCCUGACUAUCCCUGCAGGCAAGGAGUACUGGAGUAUAGCCCCUCUGACUCCGUCAACAUUUGCAGUCGGAUGUCGAGCUCUCUCUUGUGUUGAUGUACUCGACGUGGGAGGGAAUGUUCUCGCGUCCUAUACAAAGUUACCAACGCUACAGAAGUCUAUACAAGUACCCUUCUACCUGUGUAGAACACACGAUGGCAAUAUUCUCGUCUCAGAUCUGGGGUCAAAGUCUCUCCUCUGUGUGUCUGCAGCGGGAGAUGGUGUAUUUCACUACACUCCAACUAAAGCCAGAGAACUGAUCUGCUCCUCCAGCGUGACGACAACGCGCUCAAAGGACAUCCUCAUCGCCGACAGCGGCAGGGAGACUGUGGUGCAGCUGUCACAUUCCGGCGUCUUCGUUAAAGACAUCCUGACGUCACAGAAUGGUAUUGGGCGAGUGGUUGGACUUUUUGUACAUGGCGGUAACCUAUAUGUUGCCAUGGAAACAUACAUCCAGGUCUUCAAAUAUGGAUGAACAUUCCGCAUAUAUCAGUUCCACGUGCAGAAUACAUCUUUAGCACAGUCGGCAUGUUUUCUCGGGGGACAACCAGAUAGUAUUUACACGUUAUGAAAAUGUGUUUUUUAUCAUAAAGGAACAGAAUGAUUUUCGCCGAUUCGUAUUUUUCGAAAUAAUGUCCUUAUAGUGCCAUUAUUAACACCAAGUAUCAAACACUUCGGCCAACACACUCAUGUGUGGGGGCGGUACGGUAGCCCAGAGGUAAAAGCGUUCGCCCGUCACGCCGAAGACACAGGUUCGAUACCCCACAUGGGUACAAUGCGUGAAGCCCAUUUUUCUGGUGUUCUCCUUUGUGAUAUUGCUGGACUAUUGCGUCGUAAAACCAUACUCACUCAUUGAUGAAGGAAUGCCCGGCGCACCAAGAAGGAAAAACGGUCCGACGUUUUGAGAGCUAAUAUUUUAUAGUAGCGCAAAUUACACACAUAGUAAAAGCACUUUAAGAGAAGAGUAAAUGACAGCUUGACCUGUUGAAAUAUCCCUUAUCAUAAUUUACAUUUGCAAAGUAUUUUGUUAGUAUUUAGCAUUGAGUAAACUCAAAUUGGAUAUUUGUGUUCAAUUCUUUUGUCAAAUAGGAGUUUUUUCAGCACCAAGAUUAUGUUGUUUACGAGAUUAUUGUUUUGUAAGCUAUACCCGAGUAAAACGUUUUCUUUUGACAUAUGAAUGUUUAUUUUCCCUUUAAUCCAGUUUUCCAUUUUGGACUAGAUUGGGCGUACCUUGACAUUGACAUUCCCAAAAUAUGUGUAAAAUCGUUUCUUUAUCAGUUGAGCACUAGCUACACAAGUCACUGUCGACGUAUCCCAUUUCAUAAAAGAGGGAAUUUGUGGGUAGAAUGUGAUGUAAUAUGUGGUAUUGAAACCGCUGAAAUGUGCUUGAAUUUGUACACCUAAACGGUAUAAGAUUGUAAUGUUUACAAUCUGCUCAAUUUCAAUGAAAUCAGAUCUUAGUUCUCGCUACCGCUAAACAAAGAUCUGAGGACAUCCCAUUAGGGGUCGCGUCAGAAC